GUCUAGGGCGACGGAAUAAACCAGACUGUCCUGCAUACUGACCUGUGGAAGAAAUACAGGUUUGAAUAGAGUUUGAAUAGAAAAAAAACUCCGAACGCUGGGACUCUCCAAAACACAAGCAAACCACCUUCACCUAUGGCCAAUCUAGAAAGAAACAACAAAAUCCUGCUCGAUUUGGUGCGACAGCCAGGUAACAACGUGUGUGCUGACUGUGGAGCUCCUGAGCCUGACUGGGCCUCCUACACUCUUGGUAUCUUUGUGUGCCUGAACUGCUCAGGAAUGCAUCGUAAUUUGCCCGCUGUCAGCAAAGUGAAAUCCAUACGUCUGGAUCACUGGGAAGAUUCACUAGUAGAGUUCAUGCGGGAGAGGGGAAAUUCUGCAGCCAAAGCCAUUUUUGAGAAAUGUGUCCCUGCCUUCUUCUACCACCCACAGCAAAACGACUGCAUUGUUCUCAGGGAUCAAUGGAUCCGCACAAAGUAUGAAAGAAGAGAGUUCACAGGAGAAAAUAACGAUUUUCAGAAAGUUUAUAGCUCAGAUCCAUUUGAGUCAACACUCUGGAAGAAGGGUAGGGACAACAAGCAGUUUCUUAAGAGGAUCUUUCUGCUGUCCCGGAAAGAUUUCACCCUCAGAUACUUCAUUAAAGAGGAUGCCAAAGCUCCCAAAGCUGUCAUCAGCAUGAAGGAUCUGAAUGCAGUUUUCCAGCCAGAGAAGGUCGGUCAUCCUCACGGUCUGCAGAUAUCCUACCUGCAGGACGAACGUACGAGGAAUCUGUUUGUUUACCAUGAGAGUGGGCAGGUAAUUGUGUCCUUAUUCAAUGCUAUUCGGGCUACACGCUUGGCAUACCUCCAGAAGAAAAAUCCAACCCUUCGAGAAAAUGAAUUAAUACCUCAAUUAACAAGUCGCAGCCUGAAGGAGGGAUAUAUGGAAAAAACCGGCCCAACUCAACGGGAGCCAUUCAAGAAGAGGUGGUUCACACUGUGCUCAAUGAACAGAAAGCUUCUGUAUUUUAAGAGUCCACUGGAUGCUACAGAGCUGGGUGCUGUCUUCAUCGGUUCAGAGAGCCACAGCUACUCUGUUUCAGAGAGCAGCGGCAAGAGCACGAGGGGAGGCCGGUGGCACUGUGGCAUCACGCUGCAGACUCCAGGGAGGGAGUUUGUGUUUAUGUGCGAGCAGGAGCAGGAGCGGAGGGAGUGGCUGGAGGCACUCAGGAGGGUCAUCUCACAACCCAUGACCCCAGAGGACUACGCUAAUGAAGCUAACUUGACAAGGGGUAAAUGAUGAAGUCCAGGACGCAAUAAAGACAAAGUAUCCUUUGGGGACACAUCGGAGCGAUCGCCUCACUGCCAAAAGAUGCUCUAAAACCUGUCAGUGAGCAUCAAGAAAGACUGUUCAACACCACUGGCACUCAACUCAACCUUACCACUUUGCACAGCCUACAGCGUUCACACAGUCACAACUGAGACAUUGCUGCUUUUUCAGAUCCAAGCACAUUAGCAGCAGUAUCUCUUAAAUUUACUGCACUGUCUUUGACAACUGAUAAAAGCAUUCUCUUGAUGAUGCGUUUUGCAUACACUGAAACCAAACACUGUAUUUAUUAAAAACAGGGACUAUACAUUUUCCCUGUAAUUUGCUAUUUUUUGUAUCAAUUUUGUAUUUUGUGUUUUAUAACUAAAUUUGCACAUUUUUUUCCUCACAGACUGUUGCAUUUUAGCUGUGUAUAUAGUUGUUGAAACUGAGAGUUCCUCAUAAGUUGAAUAAAUUUGAUAUACAACUGAA